AUGUCUUUACAACUGUCGGUCGACGACAUCUCAUCAAUAUCCAAGGGCCAGAUUUCCCUCGAGCUAGCAGCAGCACUCGGCAUGAAGUCCAUCCCCUUAUCUACAUACCAUUCUCUGGCGGGCCUCGAUACGCUAGCGAACUCUUACGCACAUGAGCGCCGCCAGUCCCAUGGAUAUCCAUCUGAACACGGAUACCUUUACACGCACGACCAGAGCGCCUUCCUUCCUAUGCCGUCCGCAUUUACGGGCAGCAACAUCGCCAUGCAUAACGCCCUUACCGACACGUUUGUUCCAUCAUCACUCGCACAACGUGCUCCUUCACCACCGGUGCAUUUCCCGAUCAGGUGGCCUGCGGCUGACGAACACUACACCUUCCCGCCAAGUCAGCCGUCUAUCAGCCCUACGCUUGCACAGGGAGUGCAUGCCAUACCCCCAGCGCCGCCAGUUGCUUCCCAUGCUCACGACGUUUAUCAAUCUCACACUCCAGAUGCACGCCGCUCCGCUGCCCAGCCAGCGUGGUCCGUCUCGGGGUCCCUAGACCCAGUCACCGGGAUCUUUCAGCGUUCCCCAGACCAUCCCCGACUGCGCACAGCGCAAGCGUGCGAGAAGUGCCGCAUUCGCAAAGCGAAGUGUAGCGGCGAGCAUCCGUCAUGCCAGCGCUGUCGCUCGCGGGGACUCUUGUGCGAGUAUGCCCCCGAGCGCCGGAUGCGCGGUCCUAACAAGAAGAAACGCGGCGAACUCAGCACGGCUGAGCACGGCUCCUCUACGCCUGAUACAGACCGUCGCAAUUCCGUUGCGUCGAGCUCCAGCUCGAGCGAAGCUGACCAUGCUUAUCGUUUCCCACCCAUCGCCGCUUCCUCGUCCCCCGUCAGCGUCAGCCCCGUCGCCUCUGUGCCAUCUCCUCCGAGCGCGCUAGAGCUCCUUCAACCCCACAGCCUCCCAGCCGAGCAGCCUCGGGUCCCUUCCCCUCUGCGCUUCUCGACGUCAGCCACGGCGGAUGCAUCGGGACCUACCAUUCCCUACACGUCUCCACCGACAAGGCCCGUUGCGGGCCUGGUGUGUGGCCGCCGCCCGCGCCCACCACCACUAGACCUUGGCGACGCCGCAUUCCCCGCUUUCCAAGGGCGCCUGCACCCGCUCACGCCGCAGUACCUGCCGCCCGUCAUCGACGACAUCACGCCCACGUAUGCUGCUCGCCGCGCCUCGCUCCCCACGUAUAUCCUUGAGGCGCACGCGCAGGCGGAGCCCCGGCUCGGCAUGGACUUCAACUUCGACUUGGACAUUGGCCUGUCGCCAUUUUACUCGCACUCGCGCUCGAACUCGGCGUCAGAUGCGUCUGGACCGGCACCGCUCACGCCGUUGGAGUUGCCCCAGGACAUGCUCGGGGCGCAUGGCAGACUUACGUACCCAGACGAUCGCCGCGUCCGAGUGGAAGUGAGCGGCGAUGAACAUGGUGUGGCAGAGGCUGAGAGCAGUGGGUUUGACACCUACGGCGACUUGUCUUACCAUGACGACUUCCACCCCACAUUUGGCGGAAGUCUUGAGCACGAUGACACUCCUCUCGCUCGGAAGGAGUUAUAUCUUGCCACAGAUCCCUCUCCGCACGACGGUCCCCACUCCAUUCAGAGCCACCGCGAAUCCUGA